CUGAGAUGGCAUCAAGAGGCUGCAAGCAUCCGGCAGACACAUUAUGCUAUGUCUGCGGCCAAUUUAUCAAGAUGAGCGAAAAAGUACUCUGUGGAAGCAUCUGCUAAGAUGUGUGAGGCCUACAAGGCAUAUUUCGGCAUGCCUGUCGGGGAUCAAGACAAAUCCUGGGCACCUCAUUUCACCUGCGAGCAAUGCAAAAAAACUCUGGAAGGAUGGUACAGGAGGCAAAAGAGAGCCAUGAAGUUCGCUGUCCCAAGAAUGUUGCAGUAACCCACUUACCACUCAAGCAACUGCUACUUCUGCAUUGUGGACCCUUCCAAACGUCAGACUGGUAACAAUGCACCUGCUAUCACAUAUCCGGACCUUCUUUUAUCCAUCGCCCCAGUGCCACACUGCCAUGAGCUCCCCGUACCUACUCCUCCGGAGAGAGAGCAGCCGUCUUUAGAAGAGACAGCAAGUCAGAGAGCGAGGAAGACAUAGAUCCAGAUGACAAUUUCAGAGGUGGAGCUGAGGAGAGAAACCCAUACGACCCCACCCAAAAGAAGCUCAACGACUUUAUCAGAGAUCUUAGUCUCACCAAUUCCAAUGCCGAGCUUUUGAUGUCUAGGUUAAAGCAGUGGAACUUGUUGGAUGAAAGUGUGCAAGUCGCAGAUCAGAGGAAGCGUCACCAACCUUUUUGCAGUUUCUUCACCCGUCAAGAUGGGCUCUGCUUCUGCCACAAUGUGACCAGUCUGUUCGAGGCAAUCGAAAUCACCUGUAACCAGCAUGAGUGGUGCCUCUUUAUUGACAGCUCAUCCAGGAGUCUCAAAGCCGUGCUGCUCCAUAAUGGUAACAAGUACCCGUCUCUUCCCCUGGCUCACUUGGUGCACCUCAAAGAGGAUUACAACAUCAUCAAGACCUUGCUGGACGCCUUUAAGUAUGAUGAGUAUGGCUGGGAGGUCAUCGGAGACUUCAAAAUGGUGGCAUUCCUGAUGGGUCUCCAAGGCGGUUUUACCAAGUUUCCCUGCUAUCUUUGCCUUUGGGACAGCAGAGACACCAAGGCGCACUACCACAGGCGGGACUGGCCACAGCGGACCGAGUUUUCUGUGGGGAGGAACGUCAAGUGGGAGCCACUGGUGGACCCCCAGAAGGUGCUGAUGCCACCACUGCACAUCAAAUUGGGCCUAAUGAAACAAUUUGUCAGAGCUGUAGAUAAGGAGUCGGCAACCUUCAAGUACCUUCAAGACUUCUUCCCUAAGCUGUCUGAGGCAAAGGUCAAAGCCGGUGCCUUCGUCGGACCACAGAUAAAGAAGAUCCUGGAGUGAAGUGAAUUCCCCAAGAAGCUCACUAGUAAGAAGAAAGGAGCUUGGGACAGCUUUGUCGCAGUAGUUCGUGGCUUCCUGGGCAAUCACAAUGUCGAAAACUGUGGAGCUGGUUGAGACUCUUCUGUAGGAUGUCCCUCAAAGUCCAUAUCCUUGAUGCUCAUCUUGAUAAAUUCGAGGAGAACAUGGGAGCGAACUCGGAGGAGCAAGCCGAGCGCUUCCACCAGGAUACACUGGACUUUGAACGCAGCUACCAAGGACAUUUUAACCAGAAAAUGAUGGGAGACGACAUUUGUGAGCUGAUUCGUGAAAGUGAUAUACAGUAGAAUCAAAUCUAGAAAAACUACUCACUUCUAAAUCUUUUGUAGUAAUUUUUGUCUUACUUUAGUAUAAAUACAUGUUAAUUUUGAUUCAUAUGUUUUUUUUUACUUUAUGUGAACGAAAAACACAAAUUCGCCAGUUUUCUCAUUGAAAAUAGGUAAAUUUCAAAAUAUCACUGAUCUGGUCACAAAAGCAAAGUUUGUGGGGAAUAAUAACCAUUUUCUAUACAUUUUAGGCAUAAGCAAUUAAGAAAUAAUACUACUCAGGAACAAAAAUUGUGUUACAUAGUGUUUUCAAACACCAAUUAGACUUGUGAACAUGCAAACAAUGUUCACAAAUACGUGUGGUUAAUGCAGAAUUGAUUCCUUGCGAAAUUACUAUUUGGUGUUUGAACAUCUUAACACCUGUUUAAUUGCAACAAAGGAUCAAACCAAUUCUUAUUUUUCAUACUUUGAAACUGCCAAAAAAAAGGUUCCAUGAUAUGCUUGACGUUAAACUAUAUCAACUACAGCGACGUACAAACUGGGUGCCCUUCCCAGAUAGUGAACGACAUUUUUAUUUCAAAAGUGUGUUUAUUAUGUUAUUAUUGAUUUGCUGAGUUGUAAAAUAAAUUGAUAUGAAUGUUAAUAUACAAUCUGAGAGCACUAACGGAAUUGUAUGUGGAUGGCUAAGGCUUUUAAGGGCACGUGUUUGCCAAGUUCCAUACAUCAGGUGAGUAUAUACCUUUUGGAAAUGCUACUCCAUACAGAUUUAAAUUAAUAUAUUUUUGUUUUGGGUAGCCUUCCAUCAUAUCCCAAAUUGCGGCUUUUGUCCGAAUUGAGAGAUCUUUCCGUAUUCAUAACGGUUACAAACCAUUACAUUACGUGAUUUUGGACAGCAGACUGAAUAAUUAUUGAAAAAAGUAACGGCGUUACGUACAAUGACGUUGGUUUGAAAAAAAAUAGGAAUAGGUUUUACCCUUUCUGGCAUUUAAACA